AUGUCCAUGGAAAAGAUGAUGCAGAUAGAAGAGAAUUUUCAAAGGUUCACGGAAUUUAAGAAGAUGGUUGACAGGUGGCGGAAUUCCCGUACUCGCUGUCUGUGGCAGAUGACGUUGAACCAGAGGAGAAACCCCUACACGGCCCUGAGGCUGCGGGAGGAAGUGGCGCGGGAGCUGGCGCUGGCCAACAAGCAACUGCUGAUGGUCCGCCAAGCUGCCCUGCACCAGCUGUUUGAAAAGGAGUACCAGCAGUACCAGCAGGAACUAAAUCAGAUGGGCAAAGCUUUUUAUGUGGAGAGACUCUGACUGCAUCCGAAACCCCAUCCUCAUCACACCUGCUAACCUAGCCACCUUGAACUUCUACUGCCCUAACAUUUCCUUCCCCAAUUGUUCCUGGAUCUAGCUAUCUGCCCAGCACUUUAAGACAA